CUCCUCGUCUACGCAAAGCGCAACCGGAGUCGCUAGGUUCUCUCAUACACUUUCUCAUCUGACGACAGCAACGACAACGCAUUAAUCGCUCCACAGUCGGCGAUUGCACAGCUCGCGCGAUCUCUAUCUCCGUACAGGCCUCCCCCAAACAAAGUCCCACCCCUCGACACGACUUGACCCGAAAGACUAAGCAGCAGAACAACACGCCACCCUCAUCAAUCUCUCAAGAUCCCCUUCACACCCUCACUCUUUGCGUUGCUGUCAUGGUAGAUGUUCAGGAGCAGGAUAAUUGGAUUUCUCAUCUGAGCGAUUGCAAGCAGCUCACAGAGGCGGAUAUCAAGAGAUUGUGCGACAAGGCUCGCGAAAUCCUUCUUGAGGAAUCCAAUGUCCAGCCAGUGCGGUGCCCGGUGACAGUGUGCGGUGAUAUCCAUGGGCAAUUCCACGAUCUCUCGGAACUCUUUCGCAUCGGCGGUAAUUCUCCAGACACAAAUUAUCUCUUCAUGGGCGACUACGUAGACAGAGGUUACUACUCUGUUGAGACCGUCACCCUCCUCGUUGCCUUGAAGGUGCGCUACAGGGAUCGUGUGACCAUCCUGCGAGGCAACCACGAGUCAAGGCAGAUCACGCAAGUGUACGGAUUCUACGACGAGUGUCUGAGGAAGUACGGUAAUGCCAACGUCUGGAAGUACUUUACAGAUUUGUUCGACUAUCUUCCUCUGACGGCUUUGAUUGACGACCAGAUCUUCUGCUUGCAUGGAGGUCUGUCCCCCUCCAUCGAUACCCUUGACCAUAUUCGGUCAAUCGACCGCAUUCAAGAAGUUCCGCACGAAGGUCCCAUGUGCGAUCUCCUCUGGUCUGAUCCCGAUGAUCGCUGUGGAUGGGGCAUCAGCCCGCGUGGCGCGGGAUAUACUUUCGGACAGGACAUUUCGGAGGCAUUCAACCACAACAAUGGUCUGACAUUGGUGGCAAGGGCACAUCAGCUCGUGAUGGAUGGGUUCAAUUGGUCACAAGAGCGCAAUGUUGUGACAAUCUUCUCGGCGCCAAACUACUGCUACCGUUGUGGCAACCAAGCGGCUAUCAUGGAAAUCGACGAGAACCUCAAGUAUACCUUCUUGCAAUUCGACCCUGCACCGAGGACAGGCGAACCACUGGUUUCGAGAAGAGUACCUGACUACUUCUUGUGAACGGCCAUCAGAGAAUCAAAGGGAGCGAUGUAUUAGCAGGGGAAGUCAGUUUGCGCGCUGAGCUCCGGAAGGGUAGAAAGGCAGGUUCGCUGCGCUUGUUCCUGUUGAGUCUGUUUCGCAAUACAGUUGGAGAGCAUAGCGCUCGUUGAUUACAUCCAGACUCUGUCGGCGCUCCGUUCGAGGUGGCUUGCCAGGCCGGUCCGGGAAUGACUGUCGGCACAUCUUUUGGCACAGCAACGGAAAUCAAGAGGAUGGCAGUGUCCAACAGGGGCAAGGACGAACCCGCCCCGGGGUCCGAGCUUCAGUACCAGAGAGCAACAUACAGCUAUCGAGCUUUGACCGCCCCAGCGCAAGGUACGCGAAGCGGCGCCUAAGCUGGAUCCGAGCGGGCUCGCGAUGAGAACACUCUCGAUGUGGGCAAUGUGCAUUGACUCAUUGAUGUAGAUCAUGGGUCUCGGGGAGUCCACGCGAUGUCCCCCUCUUAUUGUGAUCACUCC